AGGGCUGGUUUCACUUUCACUGCGUUAACUUGGACGAAUCAGCAGCCACCCAAAUCCGCCAAUACACCUGCCCCACCUGCUGUCAAUCUGGAAAGUUGGUGGCAGAACAACCACUGCCAGAGGCAACUCCACAAUCGACUCGGAAGCUGCGCGUUCGACAGAGCGCGAAACCUGAUAACCGAAUGCCCAAUCCAACUCGGUCCAUCAGAAUCAAGAGCGAGGUCGAGACUGUUGCUCAUGACCAUUCUCACCUGGAAGGACAAGCUUCUUCUGAAGAGAGUGGCAUCACCUUGGCCGUGCCUCACGACACGCAUUCCCGCGCAGCACUACCCGCAUCAGAGCCACGCAGGCCAGCGCGCAGGCGUUUGAUAGUACUGCGCCCAACAGCGGGCGUUGAGAGUGGGCUGAAGCACAAGACCCAGUCCCUUUUAAAAAGCCCUAUCAAGAUCAAGCUCGCUGGCCAAGAUGGUCCGGCCGAAGAGUCCACCAAACCCACCAAAUCAACGGCGCUGCCCGAGCCUGCUGAAUCCACUGGACCUGUCGACACAACGCUGUACUGCUCAUGUCAGCAGCCUUAUGACGCACGACGUUUUAUGAUCGAAUGCUCCCAAUGCCAGGACUGGUUCCAUGGCAAGUGUGUCGAUGUACAUCAGCCCGAAGCCAAAUUCAUCGAGCGUUACGUCUGCCCGAGCUGCACCGCACGCACAAACAAGUGCACCCAACGUCGCGAACUGCUUCAUAAAUCUACCCUCCCUGGCAUCUCGGAUACGGUGCAGCCUGUGUUUGCUUGGGGGCGUGCACGGUGCUGGAUUCUCUUUGGCUGGCCUGCUCAUCACGACGCCAUUGUUGCCAGCGCUUCCAAAGUCAUGGACCUCUUGGCCGAUGGGUCAGCCUUGACUCUGGACCGAUUGCGAAAAUCUGGAUUUCGACGUCCCAUACUGAUAGAGAAGCCAGCAGGACUCGACUUACAAAUACCCCCUCAUGCCAACGUUGACUAUGUUGUUCAGCUUUUGGGGGAAGACAGCCCCAUUCAAGUAAUCGAUGUGGCCACACAGACUACUUUUGAGGAACCCUUCUCUUUGCGUGAAUGGGCCGACUACUUGCGAGUACCGCCGGUGGAGCGCGAGCGCGUCUACAACGUGAUCAGUCUUGAAUUCACAGAAACGGCCAUGCGGACGGAGGUCCUGCCGCCACGAGUGGCUCGACAGCUUGAUGUGCUCAAUGUCGUGUGGCCUGAUGACUUUCCCGUGCCGCGGCCUGAGGUACAGCGCUACUGUCUCAUGGGUGGUGAAGGGGCUUACACCGACUUUCACGUUGACCUUGGAGGCACUUCUGUUUGGUAUCACGUCGUAUCGGGCUGCAAGAUCUUUUAUCUUAUUCCUCCAACACCAGAAAACAUGGAGCGCUUUGAGAAAUGGAACGCUUCAGCAAAGCAAAUGGAGACGUGCUUGGUGGACCUCGUCUCAAGGGUUUACCGAUGUGUGGUUCUACCCGGCAAUACUCUGCUCAUCCCAUCAGGCUGGAUCCAUGCUGUCUACACACCCGAAGACUCGUUUGUGUAUGGAGGCAACUACCUACACACCCUGGCGGUGGACAUGCAGCUGGCUGUUUACGAUCUGGAGACGCGGGUGGAAGUGGAUCAAAUUUACCGCUACCCACACUUUGAGCUCUUACAUUGGCAGAUGGCACGCUACGUGAUUGACCAGGCCCCCGCGGAGCUGGCUGAGACCGUGCGACUGGCAGGUCUUCAAGCACUGCAAAGCCGCCUCGCAGCUUGGAUGGUGCGUGAGCAUACAAUGCCAAGAUGUGAAUACAUAGCGCUGAUCCUUCACAUGGCCCUGCUUCCCCAUGUCAAACUCGAAUUGAGUCAGCUGCUUCUGAUGCCACGCCUGUUGCAACUGCAGCUUGAGCGACGCUUUCCUAAGCGCAGCGCCGUGUCGGAUCCGGAAAAGGUCUGCCGUGAACCCCGGUCUUGA